UAACCCAUUGAAAUAGCAAUGGAUCUCCACAAAUUUCUCCCCUCUUGCCUCUCUUAACCCUCCAAAUAAAAUAAAAAAAUACAAACAUUUCUAAAAUUUGAAAAAAUAUGAUUAGUGGCCUCCCCGUAAAAAAGCCGACGCAACAACACAAGAGACAAUUAUAAGACCCCUCUACCAUACACAGCACAUGCUGCUCUGCCUCUUUCUUCAUUGACGCAUUUCAUCAAACACUUUGUGUGCUUCUUUUUUCCUCCAUUUUUUCUCCCUCUACAUCCUCUCUCUCUCUGGGUCAGCUCUCUUUCUUUAUUUUUUAAGAGAGAGAGAGGCUGUAGAGAUCAUCUUGCAUAAUUUUCAGCAAUAGAGGGAAAAAAAUCAAACAACAGAAAACAAAAAAAGUUUCAGAAAUAAACAACAAUGGAGGUUGUUAAAGCUUCAUUCAUUGUUUUAGUUGUUUUCUCUCUCAUCUUUUCAUUGGCUCAGGCUCAAGCUGCGGGUCCCGCACCUGCCCCAACUAGUGAUGGGACAAGUAUUGAUCAAGGGAUAGCAUAUGUAUUAAUGCUGGUCGCCUUGGCGCUUACGUACCUCAUCCAUUAAGCAGAAGUGCAACAAUGGAGGCCUCAUCAUCAACAACAUCGCCGCACUUAAAACCAGAAAGUGCUCGUGAUUUUUGGUGUCCUUUUUCUUUUAAAUGAUUAUAAUUGUGAGAUCAGUGGAUUAGUGUUACUAUUCCCAAUUUGCUUAAUUGAUGCUUAAAAGAGAGUAUGAUUGAUUGUGAUUGACUAGGAAGAGGUAAAAUUUGAGCCCUUUUAGACAUGGUGGUGUACAUCUAAUUUGUAUUAGAUGAGUUAUCAUGAGUUUUUUGCACAUAUAUUUAUCUCAUCUAGUAUUGUUGUGGCCUC